AUGGCAGCCCCUGUGCUGGCCUUCCCCGAGAAGUCGCCGCCACUGGCGGUGAUGGCGGCCGCCCGGCUCGCAGGCGUGGCCCUGGAGGCCAAGCCCGAUGCCAAGGCCGCCAAGGACACCCCCUCCACGCUCAAGUUUGCCAGCGGGGACGAGCUGGUGGGGGUGCCCAGCAUCCUGCGCUACGUCGGCCGCGUCGCCCAGUCAAAGGAUGCCCUGUAUGGCUCAGACCCUCUGUCUGCCUGCCAGGUCGACCAGUGGCUCGACAUCUCCCAGACGCUCCUGCCCGGCGCGGGCUUUGAGGCCGCCGCCGCCUCUGUCAACGACUUUUUGUCCCUGCGCACCUUCCUGGCUGGCUACUCGCUGAGCCUGGCCGACGUGGCGUGCUGGGCGCAGCUGCAGCUCACGCUGCAGUGGGACAAGCUGCGGAGGACGGGCAACUUUGGGCACCUGGCGCGCUGGUGGGCUGCCUGGCCGGCUGCGGGGCAGUUGGAGAAGGACGAGUUUGUGGAGAACAUCAUCGCCGACAUCGGCCGCCUGGGCCUGCGCUACGAGCGCAUCACGUACACAAGCGACUACUUCCCGCAGCUCAAGGAGUGCGGCGAGCGGCUGAUCAGGGCGGGCCACCUGUACGCCGACGACACCCCGGUAGAGCAGAUGCGGGAGGAGCGCAUGGUGGGCACGGAGAGCGCGCGGCGGGGGCGCAGCGUGGAGGAGAACCUGCGCAUCUGGGGGGAGAUGUUUGCGGCCACGGAGGAGGGCCUGAAGAACUGCAUGCGCAUCAAGCUGGACAUGUCUGCCGCCAACAAGGCGCUGCGCGACCCCGUCGCCUUCCGCUGCAACCUCACGCACCACUGGCGCACGGGGCACGAGUACAAGUGCUACCCCACCUACGACUUUGCCUGCCCCUUCACCGACGCUCUGGAGGGGGUGACCCACGCGCUGCGCACGUCAGAGUACAAGGACAGGGAGGCGCAGUUCUACAUGAUCCUCAAGCUGCAGCAGGGCGUGUGGCCGGGCCUGCCGGACGUCCAUAUCUGGGACUAUGCGCGCCUAUCCUUUGUGUACACAGUGCUGUCCAAGCGCAAGCUGACCUGGUUUGUGAACAACGGGCUGGUGGAGGGGUGGACCGACCCGCGCAUGCCCACGGUGCAGGGCAUGCUGCGGCGCGGGCUGCAGCUGGAGGCGCUGCGCGAGUUCAUCCUCAGCCAGGGCGCCAGCAAGAAUGUGACCUAUCAGGAAUGGGACAAGAUCUGGUCCAUCAACAAGCGCCUCAUCGACCCGGUGUGCCCACGGCACACAGCUGUGGAGACGGAUUGCAAAGUGGCGGUCAGGCUAAUCAACGGCCCUGCUGAGACCGAGUUUGUUGAGAUGCCUCGUCACGCCAAAUACCCGGCAGCAGGCACCAAGCGGCAGAUGCGCAGCAGCACCCUGUGGCUGGAUCAAGCGGACGCGCAGGCGGUAUCGGAUGGGGAGGAGGUGACCCUGAUGGGGUGGGGAAACUGUGUCUUUAAGGCGCAUACAGCAUACACAGCUGCCGGUGGCAAAGUGUCAGGCAUUGAGGCAGCGCUCUACCUUGAGGGCGACUUCAAAAAGACCAGGCUGAAGUUGACCUGGCUGGCACAGAGUGCUGACUGCCCCAAGCUGAAGCUGCAGUACUUUGGCUACCUGGUGACCAAGCGCAGGCUGGAGGAGGAGGACAACUUCGAGGACUGGGUGAACAGGAGCUCGAUGGAGGUGAUUGAGGCGGUCGGAGACAUAAACAUGCGCAGCCUGCAACAAGGGGAGGUCAUCCAGCUGGAGCGGAAGGGCUACUUCAUUGUGGACCGUGCGUUCGACCCUGCCACACCCAAUGAUGCCAUGGUGCUCCUCAACAUCCCAGAUGGGCGCGCCAAGGCGAUGCCAGGCAUGCCCGCACCCUGA